AUGGUCGGUAGUUGUCGGAGAAUCAUUACCAUUACGAAUGUAUCAAACCCGUUGAUUACGCAAGAGAAUUUUUUACUAAAGUAUAGGGAUACUAAAAAGCCCAAAGAAACGAGACCGGCUCUCGGCACCGCAAAUUCGGCGUUAGACACACCAGACUCAAAAACGUCGCGGAAAGAUCCUGAGCAAUAUCCACGAAAAAAUAAACCUGCGGCUGUAACGAAGCUAUUUGACCGAGAUGAACCCAAUUCACCAUGUCCCUCGAUAAGCAACGACGUUCACAGAGAAAACCGAAACGAUGAGAAGCCCGGAUCAAGCUCGUCAUUGCCAUUGGAGAAGAGAGACCCAAAGAGAAUAAACGGUGCAGUAAAAAAAACAUCUGAUAUGCACGACCCAAAAAAGAAAACAUACAAUGAGAGAGAUUUAAAGGCACCGAAACAGUCGAUUACUGAACCAUGCACAGAUGAGCCCGCUAAAAAAGAGCAACCUCACCGCACACCACAUAAGAACCCAAGAGCCAAUUGGAGACAAAAGACGAAGCCAACAGUUAGUGAAGAGGAACUCUCAGCAGAAGAAGUCGAAAGUCUUCAACACGAGGAUUUAAAACAAACGAGAAAGAGGCCAAAACUAGAAAAAGUGCCUAUAAAUGACGAGCCUAGCCAAGCGAGAAGAGCUCCUAGUAUUGAGCCGAAUGACAAAAAGUCCGCAAAAAUAAAGCCAUCGGAUGAAGGCCGAGAAACAUAUCCGGCAACGCCACUAGGAAAGAAAAAGCCAGACCCACCUAAAGAAGAAGAACUUUCUGGUGAUGAAAUCAUUAAGUCUACUCCUAAAGAUCCUAAAUCAGCGUUCAAGAAACCGCAGCAAAUCAAGAGGCCAGAUGAACCACCACCGACGAAAAAACCAGCUACUGACUCGGACAAAAAGAGCAUUCCGAAAGUGAAAUUGCCUGAUGAUAAACCAGAAGCACAAGCAACCAUACAACUAGUGAAGAAAAAACCAGAUAUAGCUAAAGAGAAAAAACUUCCCGCUGACGAAGCAAGCAAACCAACUGUAAGAGAUUCUAAACAAGCGUUCAAGAAACCGCAGCCAAGCAAGACGCCAGAUGAACCAACAUCGAAGAAAAAACCAGCUACUGAGCCGGACAAGAAGAACAUUCCGAAAGUGAAAUUGCCUGACGAUGAACCAGAAGCACAGAUAACAAUACCACUAGGAAAGAAAAAGCCACAAGCAGCUGAGGAAGAAGAACUUCCUGCCGAUGAAAUCAGUAAACCAACUCCUAAAGAUCCUAAA